CUCCUCGGCUGUAGUGAAGUGUAUCGGCGGACAAAUAGGGUCCUCCUCCGCAGCCUCCGGCCCAUCAUCCCAUCGUCUUGUCUCAUAGCUUCUGCAACAUCUUUCGAAUCAGAGUUCGCAUAUACCAUUCAUCUGUUCUCAGGACUUCACGGAAAAGUCGUCUCGUCGUACCUAAGCCGGAUGUCCAGGCUUUCCCAGUUUCCCUGUUGUGUUUUUUUUUCUCUGACGUGGUGGCGCCGUCUCAAUAGUGUCAGAUGGAUUCACGACACCGGGAUCUGAAGACCACCAUUGCUGCUCUUGCGGCUUCGACGAAGGCCUCCAUCGACGCUCUUACUGCUUUGUUGGAGCAACGACGGGACAAUUUGAUGGUUCAUUUUCCAUGGCACGCGACUCCCAACC